AUGGAAAUUAAACUAGACCAUCGGAAUAGACGUCAUAAAAUAAUUAGAAUUAUCAUUCGUGUCCCAGGUUCGAAAAAAGUUGGGAAAACAGCCAUUAUUGAACAACUAAUCCACGGCCAUCAUAUUAUUGGAUCGGACCUACAUCCGACCAUUGAAGAUAUUUACGAUGUUUUGAUUGAAAACGACCAAGGUAUAAAGGAGAAAGUGAGAAUAUUGGAUACUGCUGGACUUGAGACAAGCAACUCGGAUCUCAGCAAGUAUGCCUCCAUAGCUGAUGGUUUUGUAUUAGUCUAUAGUGUAACCUCGAUGAACUCUUUGGAUAUCGUUCAAAAUAUUAAAAAAGAAAUUGACAAAAAAGGAAAAGAAGUGUGUCCUAUGAUUGUAUUGGGUACCAAGACAGACAUGUUGGAGGAACGAGAAUGUGAUUACAAAUCUGCAUUAAAAUGGGCAGAAAAUGAGAAAGCGAAGUUAUAUGAAAUAUGUGUUGGGGAUAGACAUGCAUUGAAAGAAUCAUUAACAUGGCUUGUAUCCAAGAUGUCAUCUCCUACAGGUAAAGGUUACAAAGGUGUCAAACCAGAUAAGACAUUCCUUAAUAUGAGAAAGACUGGUAGUCAUAAAACAUUGCCCAAAGAUACUACCACCUGAGAUUCAACAUACAUCUUGUAUACUGUAAAUAGUUUUGUGUGUAUUAAACAAACAGUUGUUGUUUUGUUUC